CGCGUGCGCGGAGGCAGCGGCGGGGGCGACCGGAGCUGGGGCGGAGUGGGGAGCGAGGGAAGGAGAGGAGGGAGAGGGAGACGGAGGGCAGUGAGAGACGCAUUUCCAAUUCCCAACUACGAGCCCCGAGUUUGCAGAUGGGGCUGCUCAGCGGUGCCUGUGGCUGAGGGAGAGCAGUGGCGGCGGAGAGCGACCGAGAGCGGCGGCGGCGGCGCGGAGGCGGCGGAGGUGCGAGCCGUGCGAGCCGCAGCAAUGCAGCAAGUCUUGGAAAACCUUACAGAGCUGCCUUCAUCUACUGGAGCAGAAGAAAUAGACCUAAUUUUCCUCAAGGGAAUUAUGGAGAAUCCUAUUGUAAAAUCACUUGCUAAGGCUCAUGAGAGACUAGAAGAUUCCAAACUAGAAGCUGUCAGUGACAAUAAUUUGGAAUUAGUCAAUGAAAUUCUUGAAGACAUCACUCCUCUAAUAAAUGUGGAUGAAAAUGUGGCAGAACUGGUUGGUAUCCUCAAAGAGCCUCACUUCCAGUCACUGUUGGAGGCCCAUGAUAUUGUGGCAUCAAAGUGUUAUGAUUCACCUCCAUCAAGCCCAGAAAUGAAUAAUUCUUCUGUCAAUAAUCAGUUAUUACCAGUAGAUGCCAUUCGUAUUCUUGGUAUUCACAAAAGAGCUGGGGAACCAUUGGGUGUGACAUUUAGGGUUGAAAAUAAUGAUCUGGUGAUCGCCCGAAUCCUUCAUGGGGGAAUGAUAGAUCGACAAGGUCUGCUUCAUGUGGGAGAUAUAAUUAAAGAAGUCAAUGGUCAUGAGGUUGGAAACAAUCCAAAGGAAUUACAAGAAUUACUGAAAAAUAUUAGUGGAAGUGUCACCCUAAAAAUCUUACCAAGUUACAGAGAUACCGUUACUCCUCAGCAGAGUUACAUCAGUAUGGAGAGGCAUCCAGCAGACAUCCAUCAGGUAUUUGUGAAGUGUCAUUUUGAUUAUAAUCCAUACAAUGAUAACCUAAUACCUUGCAAAGAAGCAGGAUUGAAGUUUUCCAAAGGAGAAAUUCUUCAGAUUGUAAAUAGAGAAGAUCCAAAUUGGUGGCAGGCUAGCCAUGUAAAAGAGGGAGGAAGUGCUGGUCUCAUUCCAAGCCAGUUCCUGGAAGAGAAGAGAAAGGCAUUUGUUAGAAGAGACUGGGACAAUUCAGGACCUUUUUGUGGAACUAUAAGUAGCAAAAAAAAGAAAAAGAUGAUGUAUCUCACAACCAGAAAUGCAGAAUUUGAUCGUCAUGAAAUCCAGAUAUAUGAGGAGGUAGCCAAAAUGCCUCCCUUCCAGAGAAAAACAUUAGUAUUGAUAGGAGCUCAAGGUGUAGGGCGAAGAAGCUUGAAAAACAGGUUCAUAGUAUUGAAUCCCACUAGAUUUGGAACUACGGUGCCAUUUACUUCACGGAAACCAAGGGAAGAUGAAAAAGAUGGCCAGGCAUACAAGUUUGUGUCACGAUCUGAGAUGGAAGCAGAUAUUAAAGCUGGAAAGUAUUUGGAACAUGGGGAAUAUGAAGGAAAUCUCUAUGGAACCAAAAUUGAUUCUAUUCUUGAGGUUGUCCAAACUGGACGGACUUGCAUUCUGGAUGUCAACCCACAGGCACUGAAAGUAUUGAGGACAUCAGAGUUCAUGCCCUAUGUGGUCUUUAUUGCUGCUCCGGAGUUAGAGACGUUACGUGCCAUGCACAAAGCUGUGGUGGAUGCAGGAAUCACUACCAAGCUUCUGACGGACUCUGACUUGAAGAAAACAGUGGAUGAAAGUGCACGGAUUCAGAGAGCAUACAAUCACUAUUUUGAUUUGAUCAUCAUAAAUGACAAUUUAGACAAAGCCUUUGAAAAACUACAGACUGCCAUAGAGAAACUGAGAAUGGAACCACAGUGGGUCCCAAUCAGCUGGGUUUACUGAUGAUUCAGUAAGGUUAACAAUGAAAUUAAACUUUUAAAAAGUGACUGCAACAAAUAAACCUUCUACUGAGAAAAUACAUCACAGAUAGAAGAUAUCUGCCAAGUCCAGGCAUUUUUAUGGUGUAGAUUGAAAUAACAGUACACUGUUCUGAAUUUUUAUAUAAAAUGUGAUUGGGAAGGUGUACUAAUAUAUAAUUUACCUUAAUUUUUCUAACUUUGUAUGGAUAAUCUUUCUAUUCAUAUCACAUAAAGAAAUGCGUUGAAGCAUUUUGUAUAUGUUUUGAUUUAGUACCCUUGCCUUUUUCAUCAAAGGAAUUUUCAAAUCAUUCACUCUAACAUUGGUCUCACAUUUUCACUGUGAUAAUGAAUAUUACUUGAAAUAGUUUUGUAAAGCUGUCAUUUAGUUCAGUAUUCAAAUAGUGAAGGGUUAGUCUUAUCAAAAGAAAAUAGUUACUGACCUUCCUUAUAAAUUUCUUACAUAAGCAGAAUUUUAAUGUCCGUGUUAUAGUCUACUACCAUCUAAAUCUGAUAUCAAAAGUCUGAUCAGUUUACAUAUUUUCAUUAUUUCAGAGAUGUAUGGCUAUCCAUUCUAAUUUAAAUAGAUACAUUAGUUUUGUCUCUUCAUUUCUAUCUUUACUGAAAAAUUGAAGAGCAAUACCUUGCACUCUCUUAUGAAGUUUUUCUUUUUAUUUGUUGCAGUGAUAUGCUGAUGCUAACUAAUUUAACAUGUACACAAUAAGCUCUGGGGCUGGAAGCAAGGUCAUGCAGACUGAGAGAGUGCCUUAUCCUGUAAAACCUUACAGCAAAAUGACACUUGAAGAAAGUUUAUUUAUUUUCACAUGUAAAAUUUUAACUGAGAAAAGGAACCUACUACUUUAAACAGUGUUUUUAUUAGAACAUGCUCAGCAAAUGUGUCAUGCCUCUGCAAAUUUUUGUUAUGUUUGAAGAUGCCUCUAAGUUUGCAGUUGGAGGUUUUUGUGAAUAAUCAAUGUGCUUUUAGAAAUGUGAUGUGAUCCUUAGGGUGCCUGUUCUGUCGUGUUGAGAACCAAAUCCAUUGAACAACUUAAAAAAUUUGGAAAUAAUUGUCAGCUAUUUUGUAUACAUACACACAAAAUAUAUACAUUAUAUAAUAUGUAUUUAUGUAUUAUAUAAUAUAUAUUAAAUAAUGUUUUGUAUAUUGUUUACAUAUCUGUUAAGAAAUGUACUUUUUUGUUUUUUGAGAUGGAGUCUCUCUCCAUUGUCCAGGCUGGAGUGCAAUGGUGUGAUCUUGGCUCUCUGCAGCCUCCACCUCCUGGAUUCAUGAGAUUCUUGUGCCUCAGCCUCCCAAGUAGCUGGGAUUACAGGUGCGCACCACCAUUCCCGGAUAAUUUUGUAUUUUUAGUAGAGACAGGGUUUCACCAUGUUGGCCAGGCUGGUCUUGGAACUCCUGACCUCGAGUGAUCCACCCACCUUGGCCUCCCAAAGUGCUGGGAUUACAGGCAUGAGCCAUUGCGCCUGGACAAGAAGUGUACUUUUUGUUUAAUGAUUGUGGAAAGAAGUUCUCCUUUAGAUGCAUUGACUUACAUAAAUUCCCACAUAAACCUCAGUUAAUAUCUUCCUUUAGGAUUCUUGGAUAAUAGAAAUUCUUUGUAAAACAUAUUCAGAGAUGCAGUUCAUUAUUAAAUUACAGUAACCAUAUUCUAUAUUGUUGCUAGCUUUCCAUUAAACACUAUUCAUACUUUAAAGGCUUAGGUACUUAAAUAUUGAUGUUUAUCUUUGUCUGGUGUUAGGUGCCAGACACGUGACUGCUGAAUUUGUUUUUCCCUUCACCAAAGUUGUCAUAUGGAAUGCCAGCUGGGAGGACUUUGAGGGAAAAGAAAAUAUAUGACAAAAAGCAGUAUUCACACAUUGUUUAAAAUAUUUUUCACAAUAAAAUAAAACACCCAAGUUGUCAUAUUGUUAAAGUUGGAAAGCUAUAGGUUUUUCUAACUGUAGAUUUCAUGGCCAGAACACAAAUUCACAUUUCUUGUCCCUGGACAGGAAAUGGGUAACAAAAUGGAUUGUACUAUUUUAAUAACUGUGGAAGCUUUUAAAUUACAUGUAUUUACACCAAAUUAUUGGCUUCUCAAAGCAACAUGAAUCAAAGCCACAGUAUCAAGGUGAGGCCCUAUGACUUAGUGUUUCAACACACACUGGAAAUUUUAAGAGAAAUUUCAGUUCUGCAGUCUCAGGAAUCGUGCUGUAUUGUCUAAUGUACUUUCAUGCCGCAGCAUGGAGCCCCUUUAAACAGCUUUGGGAUAAUUAUAGCAGCACAAGAAGUUUAUCUGCAAAAUAUUUCAAUUAUCUUGGUACAGUAGAUGACUUUUACAUCAUGUAUAUUGCUAGCCUUAUGUGAUAUAAAAUGUAUUACUUAGAAAAUAUAUUUAAAGGAAUUAUUUCUAUUAUAAAUGGUAUUCAUGAUUAACUACUUAAUUAAUGCUCAUUAGAUUUCUCCUAAUAUAAAAUGAAAUGAUGCAGUUUAGUUCGUUUCAGUCUAGAUGCCAGUGCUAACAAUAAUAUAUUUGGAUAAGUUCAUUGUAUCUCAAUGAAGAAUCAUCGAACUUGAAACCCAAGUCCCAUAUGAAUCUGCAGGAACAAGCAGUGCUCUGCUGGGGCAAGAAGCUCCAAAGGUUCCGGGUUCUUCCUAGGUAAUGAGAGUAUAGCUGUGAUCAAGGAAAUAUGAACUUCUCUUUUGGGAAGAUCUGAGGUAAUUAGCAUUAUAAAAGAAAAUGGCUUAGAGUGACGUUGAGCAAUUGGUAAGGAUUGAAAUACACAUUCAUGUGCUUUUGGGAAACAUGAUGUGCCAACACAUUAAUGUGCCUGAGGGUUCCUUGUGGACAGAUGAGUGUCCACAUUUCAGCACUCAGGGCAUGGCUGUACACAACCUAAGACUAUACAUAUAUAUUUUCAUUUUCAAAUGUACAAAUAUCCAUAGAGGUGAUGUUCCUAGAUAAGUCACUUAACUGUAACAGAGAAAUAAAUGUGAUGGCCCUAGAAAGUAGAAUUUUCACUUUCAUUACAGCCAUGCCUUUAUUACACAGUCUCCAUUUCUGUGUAAUAUUUGGAUAUCAUAUAUCAAAUAGAUCAGGACUUUGUUUAUUUUGGCUAACUUUAUACAAUUGCUGAACAUAGCUUUCUGAAAUAGAAAUUGUGUUAGAAACCCAGUAUACCUAGAGCAGUAGUAGCCUAAUCCCUAGAUUCUAGACUCUAAUAAAUUUAUAGUUGUCUUUAAGAAGUUUCCUUUGAAGCAACAAAUAGAUUAUUAAGGCAAAUUUAGAUAAAAUCCCAAGUUAGCAAUAAAAUACAACCAUGUGACAUUAUAGAUUAUGUCCAGUUACUAACUGCUUUGACCAUAAUAUCCCAAUGACAAUAAAAAAUGAUCCUUGCUUUAAAAAUUA